AUGGAGGGCGAGAAAGUACUUCUAAAAGUCUCACUGAUAAAGGUUAUAAUGAGAUUCGGGAAGCAAGGCAAGUUGAGUCCGAGGUCCCAUGUGUUGGAUUAUAACACAAUUCAGAUGGAUGGGGACUUGAGUUACAAGGAGGAGCCAAUUACCAUUGUUGAUAGGCAGGUUCGCAAGUUGAGGUCUAAGGAGAUUUCGGUCGUGAAAGUUCAGUGGAUAGAUCAGCCAGUCGGGGAGGCAACUUGGGACACCACUAUGGAACUAAGUAUUCUGAAUCUAACUCAAACCCUUCCGGAGCCAAACCGACCACACCCGCAAGUCGUGAAAUAG